AUGAAUCGACUUCGAAAAAUGUUCAAACGGUCAGCGACCGUUGCGCCGGAAUCGGUUUCCAACACGGAAAGACUAGAAAAAUUGAAAAAAGAAUAUGAGAUUCUUGAAAAAGAAAUAAAAGAGGAAAAAGAGAAAAGAAGAGAAAUUGAGCAACAUCUUGAUAAAGUUCGAGAAAGAUUCGCUAUUUCUACUCUAGAAUGUGUCUUUUCCGAAAUGGAAAUUCAACGACAUGUUGAGAAAAAUGAGACUCUCGAGAAGACAAUUGAAUGUCAAAAGAAAAAGUUGAGUGAGUUGGAAAAGCAGCAAGAGAAAGACAGAGAAUGGGAUUACAUUUAUGAUGUUCUCUCGAGAAAUUCAUCGACUUCUUCUAAUUUUCAAUCACUGUUCGGUUUAUUAAAAACUGAAAAGGAGCAAACUAAAAAGUAUCGGAAGAAGAUGCUCUACGUCUAUAAAAAACUCCAAGAGGCACAGGAAAAGUCAGAUGAAACAACGAAACCAUGGAAAAUGUGCGAGAUUUGUGAUACCGAGUAUGGAGAAGCUGCGGACAGUGUUCCAAGAGUUCUUGCCUGCGGACACACAAUUUGUCACACAUGUGCCACAAAACUAGCGACUUCAGAAUACCUCAGAUGUCCGUUCGAUAGAAAGUGCACCAACUUAAGCAACUGCACAUUAGAAAGUCUUCCGAAGAACUUCACCGUUUUGCACAUGUGA